GGUGAAAUGGCUGACGAUCUUAUUUCUAGGAGUCUUUCCCUAAAGAUUGUGGAAAUAAGCUCAUUGAUCAUCUUGAAUGUUCUGUCCUUGACUGGAAACACAUUGGUUUGUAUUUCAGUUUACAAGAACAACAGACUUCGCACUACCACGAACUUAUACAUCAUCGCUCUAGCAGUAAGUGACUUGCUUUCCGCUGUUUUUGUCAUGCCUCUUGGAACUGGUGUACUAAUAACCAGCCAAUGGAAUUUUGGAGAGGUUCUUUGCCAGCUUCACGCUUUUUUCAGUCUUUUUGUGAUCUACGUUUCUCCUGUGACUAUGGGACUGACUGCUGUUAACAGAUAUGUGAGAAUGUGCAAAUCUGACCAACAAUAUAGAAAAUUGUUUUCAGCGCGCAAGUCACGGGCCUUGCUUAUCAUGGUGUGGUCAUUUGUCGCAUGUUAUGUCCUUGUUCCUCGCCUAACUGGUCUACAAGGCUUUGAAUUUGUUCAGGGCUAUGCACAAUGUUCCUUGGCUCAUUUUAGCGAAAGCGGAAAAAUGAUUCAUUACGGGAUCGUUCUAACACUAUUCUUCUUGGUCCCGCUAAUGUCUACCAUUAUCAGCUACAUAAAAGUUGCCAAAAUGAUCAGACAACACAAUAUGGGCGCGUCUUCAACGAUUCAGAGAUCUACAGGAAACGUAGCGAUAAGUGCGCACGAGAUAAAAGUGAGUAAAUCGCUUUUUGCUGUUGUGUUUGCGUUCAUGAUCUGCUGGAUUCCAUUUUGGGUGAUUGUCAUCUUGAGGCGCUUCAAUUUGGUGGGGAAAAUGCCUCGGAGUUUUGAGUUACUCUGCAUGUUUCUCCUCUACUUUUCCAACACAAUCAAUCCUUUCAUAUAUGCUGGCAUGAAUCACUUGUUCAAACGUGAGUUCCGAAAAAUAUUAUGCUGCGAAACUAAGGGCAGAGUUGGAGUCACCGCAACAGAAGAUGGAACACAAAGUGCAACUGUAAUCGGAAAUGCUCUAACAAGUCGAAAAGACAACUAUCACAUUCGUUCAGAUAACAGCAAUGAAGGGAAUUUUGAAGAGCUCAAAUUCACCACAGUAACUAUUUGCACUGGUGAAGUUGUCUCUCAAGGAAAGCUAAACAAAAGUUUUUAAGUGCAGAAUUAAAUACAAUACUAGUACUCCUGAUGGUGCUAAGUUAUAAAUUGCUACGAGGAAAACAAAUACUUACAAAGAUUGGUUUUCUUUGAAAGGCCAAGGUAUUAAUAGUAAACAUUUUAAGCCGAUUGGUUUUUUUUGUUUUCAAUCAAACUGAUCAACUGCAUGAUUAAAAAAAAUUAUUGAAUGUAAAAAUGGCUGAUGAAAACAACUGGACAGAUUAUGAUUAGUUUUAGCUUAAAAUUGAAGUUUUAAAUGAUAAAUACUAGGCAGUAGUUUCAUGGUUUUGAGCUAAAUCCCACCCAAAAGUAUUAAAUGAAAUGAACGAAGGGAUGAACGAACAAAUGAAUGAUUUAUUGAAUAAAUAAAUGAUGUUGUCGAGGACGGUGAACGUAACCGUAAAAAGUGUAAGAGCAGAAAAAUUAAACUCGGUGGUGAAGUUUCAUAAAUCAGGUAACAAGUAACCUUUGAUUACGACUCACGAAAACUUGUUGAAUACAUCAGUAUGGAGGGUAAUAAGUAACGGGCUAAGAUGAAAAAAUUGACCAUGAAUAGAGA